AACGUGGUUAAGCAUCCGAGAGGACAAUCCAAGAAAAGUUCCAUCUCUAGCAAGUGAGAGUACCCACCUAAUUCUUUAACAUCUGGGAAGGAUGAGUUCUUGCAGCAACAUUUGUGGGUCCAAGCAGGCACCAGUGUCCUCGUUAUCAUCUACUACCAAGGGCAGGUACCAGAGCUACGGAGUCCGGUCCUACCUGCAUCAGUUUUAUGAGGACUGUACCACCUCGAUCUGGGAGUAUGAGGACGAUUUCCAGAUCCAGAGAUCACCUAAUAGGUGGAGCUCACUAUUCUGGAAGGUCGGACUCAUCUCCGGCACAGCCUUCGUGAUUCUUGGACUGACUGUUCUGGCUGUGGGCUUUCUGGUGCCCCCCAAAAUCGAAGCCUUUGGCGAAGCCGACUUCGUGGUGGUGGACACGCAUGCUGUGCGGUUCAACGGAGCCCUUGACGUGUGUAAGCUGGCCGGGGCCGUUCUCCUCUGCCUCGGGGGCAUGUCCAUGGCGGGGUGCCUGCUGAUGUCAGUGUUCGUGAAAAGCUACUCCAAAGAGGAAAAGCUCCUUCAGCAAAAGUUUAAAGAGCGCAUCGCAGACAUCAAGGCCCACACCCAGCCCAUUACAAAAGCCCCGGGCCCCGGGGAAACAAAGAUUCCCGUCACUCUGUCCAGGGUUCAGAAUGUCCAGCCUGUUUCAGCAACCUGAGACACCCCCCACCCCAGUCCCCCCUCUCUGAUUACACACAGUGUUCAUCCACAAGGAGCGGGGCUGGCUUUGGAGAUGAUGGGGCUAGGGCGUUGGCUGGCCCCAGGGUGGGGCUCGGCUGCGGGCAGCGCGGGGCGUGAGCUCAUAUCGGCUCGGUUCUGGAGGGGCUCCGGAGGAGGUGAUGCCCGUGGAGACCCAUGCAUAUGCACCGAGCUGCUUUGGGGGUGCUCUGUGUGCCCACCGGGAGCCCCCGGGAGCUCCCCUCUCAAAUAUCGUGACUCCCUGUCAUUUCCCCGCGUUACUGGAGAGCGCCCACCGGUUUAGACCAGAUGACCAGUGGCUAACGUGGUGUGUUUUAUUUUCUAGUGUCGGUUUCCUGAUCUUUCUUGUGUGGUGCUGCUUCUAUUCCUGUCUCACUAUGUGUAAGAUACUGUUGUAUGUGUUCAUAGAAAAAUCGAGCUCCUUGAUUCUGACCCAGACGUUCGUCUUUUAACUCAAUCUUCACAUGAGGUUACUGAGAUUGGAUACAAAUUUAUUGGAGUUCUCUGCCAAUCUUCUUUUGGUUUUGUUUUGUUUUCUCCAGUGUUUUCACUUGAAAAGCUAAAAUUGCCAACUUUAGAAUCUUGGGGAAGAAAUUAACAUUAGGAGUAUCUAUGCAGUGUCCAAAAGCCGGAGAAUGAGAAGCUACUACUACCUAGCUGUGUGACCUUGGGGGAUCCGUUUAACCUCCCCCGGCCUCAGUUUCCAUCCAUAGGACAGAGAUCCCGGACUGUGGUGUCUGAGAUUCCUCUUUUGCCGCGUGUCAUUGUGUCUCCCCGGGGCCGUGUUUGCGAUCUCCCCAGGGCUCUCACCUCAGUGGGACUGUUUGAGAUCUGGACUCCCACAAAAAUCUCCGAAUCAGCAGCUACUCACCUUUCAAUAUCCAACCCCAGCAGUUUAUACAGUGCUGUCGUGUUUUUAUAAAGACAAAAGUAAGCCAUCCUCAAAUAAGAAACCCGUGAGUAGAUAUUAACCUUAAAAAGGGUUUUCUUCCUCAAAUAAGAUGUUUUAUUCUCCAGCAAGAUGCUCAUCUCACCCCUAUGCACUUUUACUUAGUCUGUGGAUUUAAGCCGGACUAAGGAACACGUGACCUUGGUAUUCUCUCAGAAAUCGUGCCACCUUCGAGUUCUGUCUCUCCUCUCUUUCUUCCUUCACCGGAUAAAUAAAAUAUGUGACCGAGCAGAA